AUGGCGUACCCCGUCUUGCCUAGCCCCGACAACUUCCUCGCUGUUGCUCUCGUCAUCAACCGUUCUCGGGACGGUCCGCGAUUUGUUUUCCACUAUCCUCCCCACGUCUUGCCACCACAGGCUACAGCAGCCGCAAGAGAUGGCGAUGAUCUGGACGAUCUGGACGAAGAAGACGAGGCCCUUCUGCAUCCAGUUUCCCAUGCCGUUGGCAUCGAUGCCACCUCUUCGUCGCCGUUAAAGGAGUCCGAGCUGGCACAAUGGAACCACGACGACCAUCUCAUUACCGAGAGCGGCACUCAAAUCGUUCCUUGGGAGCACGUUGCUGGUUUUCCAACGAAGGAUCUGGAAAACAUUUUGACUCCGGCCAGGGCCUAUCACAAACGCUUGUUCCAGGUUUCCCUGGAUUCUCUCUACUGCGUUUCGUAUCCCAUAUACGUGCCAGAGAAUGGGGUCUGGCGGAAGAAGAGCAAGAAGCAGCAAAAACAGCGAGACCAUGAUGACUCCGGCCCAACAGAUACGGACGGUCCCACGAAGACCAGUGACAAAGGCCCCUCGGAUGUAGACCAGCCUGAUGUCAAACCAACCGAAGAGGCCGAAGACAAGAAGAGUUCCAUGACCAUGUUCAACCUUGUCUUCAUCUUGAACCCCAAGAGGCAUGAGGUUGCCGACCUUGUCGACAUACUCUACACGCAUAUCAUCAAAAAAGUCAACAAGGCAUAUAAGUACUGCCAGCAGAGGAGUGAUUUCAUAUGGAAAGAAUCUAAGAAGAUUCUAGCCUUGAAGGACAAGGGUCGGGAAGACAAGAGAAGGAUGAGCCAGUUAUGGGAAGAGAUCCUAUCGACCUCUUCACUGGCAGCUUCUAUGCAGGACAUAUACGACGCCAUAUCACGAAACAGAAUUGCUGCCAUCCAGCUUGAGACCAUCGAAGGUGUGGUCACUCACUCCGUGCAGAUUCCUGUGCCAUUUCAUGUGUCCGAUCUGCCUCAGGACGGCCAAGGGGAGGAACAGCUUGGUCUGUGGUUGACGACAGCAAACUCGUUGCAAGCCGACGAGAGCGUGGAGGAGCCCGAAUAUCUGGACAAGACGUUUGCGCUCCUCCUGAUGGCGGAAGAGAAAAAGGUCAUCAACGAACUGCUGGGGCCCGAAUCUGACCCUACCACACAGGCCAUGAUCGAGUUUGUACGUCGGUGCAAGCCUAAUUUGUCCUUCCAUCAAGUGCAACAACAGGCAAGCAGUAUCCUCUCGCCCGCUCAGGUGCGGAGGUUUGCCCAGCAUUUCAUCUUCUGGCGACGAGCCAUCGCUAUCCCGCCUCUGCACGGCCGCGACAUGUACAUCGUGAGCCCCAACUGCGACCUGCGCAGGCUUCCUCAAGCAGCUGCCCAGUGGGCGAGACAGUUCCCACUUUCGCCACUGCUGCCCAACUUCCUGGCCGAGCUGAGCGUUGCACCGCGGCCAUAUAAACUGCACUGUCCGAGUAAGGCUCACCGGCCUCUUUAUAUGGCUAUGCUGGCGUGGUUGAUGCGUGGCGGAUGGGUCACCCAGCUCUGCACCUUCGCUUACGUUGUGGUCUGGCCGGAGAUCAUAUAUGAGGUUGAAUAUGAACUCGAGGCAGAGGAGAUUGCACAUGAGAAGGCGAAAGCACAGAAUAGGGGCCGGGAAGCGGAUCGAGGCCACAACCACGAUGACAUGCUGUCUCCAACAACGGCGGACAACAGUGGUGAUAUGGGAGGGUCUGGUAACAGCGUGUUGGCAGCGGCACUCAGCGAGGGUCCCCUAGCAGGUUUCGCCGGAUCUGGGUUCCUCUCUCUCACGGCCGAUUCGACAUCGGUUUCGGACCUCGAUUCCUCGUCCGCAACUCUCCGUGACCUGUCGAUCUCGCAUUCACCCACCCUUUCCCGAAACCAACCAGCUUCUACCCCUAUCAACGAAUUCCUCCCUACUCUAAUCUCGCCCAUGUCCACCACCUCGCUCUCGACCCUCAUCCUCGGAACCAGCGAUUACAUGACCAAUAACCCCCACAAGGAAAACAGCCACAACAGCAAUGACCGUUCCUCCUCGCCCACGGCCUCAUACACCUCCACCAACACGCUCAACACGCUCAACCCACCCCGCCCCACCCUCCAGCUCACCCGCACCAUAUCCGAAGACACCAACGCCUCUACCGGCACUUCCUCCACGCACCACCAGCCCACCCCCGCCGAGCAGGCCGCAGAAAAAGCCCGACUGGAGCGUAUAGCCGACAAAGCGGCGCGCGAGCUCGCGGAGCGGGCCAUGGCGCAUGCCAGAAAGGCCGUGCCGCAGGCGACGAGACACCCGAGCGUGAACCAAGCUAAGUACCUGCUGGGUAUGAGCCCGCAUAUUAUCCUGGAUGCCAAAAAGGCCACGGGGAAGGAGAGCUUGUAUUUGAGUGCUAUCGAGAGGAGGUUGAGGGGGCGGAGUGGUGAGAUGGCGGCGGCGGCGGCGGUGGCGGCUGCUGCUGCUGCUGCUGCUGCUGCUGCGUCUGAGGCCGGAGCUGCUGAUGCUGCUGGCGCGGAAGGGACAGGCACAGGGACGGAGGAUGCUGCUGCUGCUGCUGCUGGGGCUGGCAAUGUUAACAACAACAACAACAAUCUUAAUGUUCCUAGCGGUGCAAAUACCGCCACAGGCAAUGACUCCACAACCAUCCCAUCCCCCGCGAACAACACCACUGCCGCCGUCGGCACCGGCACAACAACAACUACAACUGGCAGACCCGGAGGAUUGGCAGGAGCACGUACCGUCUCCGGAUCAGGCACCGCUCAGCGAGGGACCAAAGACUGGGACGAGCGGGUAGCCAACACGUGGCCUCAGUUCUGGAAGUACUUCAACGGGCGGUCGGCGCUGGAGCGGAUUGCCUUGCAGGAGGACAUGAAGCGGAAGGAGGCGUGGUCGUUGUUGACGGCCAUGAGCGAGUAUUUGUUGUGUACUAGACACUGGUAA